AUGACAUCUCGUUCUAGUGUCAGCAUUCGAUCAUCGAGCUCCUCAGUUAGAUCUAACAAUGCGAGUAUACGAGAGUCACACGAAGGUACAAGUGAUGGAGUACGGGAGAGAAGAGUCUCAUCGAGUGCAUGGUCCGUGUGGGGUGGUCGUAAAGAUAGCAUUAGCGGACAAAUGAAAGAAGGGGCAAUAGCCGAAGAACCUCCAACGGGCAACCGUUUUCCUGACGAAGGAAACCAAACAUGGUGGCGAAAAACAUCUCACACAUCUCUUCGUGCAGUUUCUGCUAAGGGUUCUUCUCCCGAGGAGACUCCAACUUCACCCACCACAGAGAAAACGAAAGAGGAGCCCAAUGAGCAACUUGAUGCCACAGAUAAAGUGGGAGAACCCAAACGCAAAGGUUGGUUUUUCUGGGGCAAGAGACCUUCUGUGGACGACUAUAAGGUCGAUGAGGUGAUGGAGUCGCCUGUGAAUACUGCUGUCAAACCAGUGAUCAACGAGUUGAUAUCAGGCCCCACCGAAGAUGCCAUUUUGUAUAAGACCAAAUCCAAAAAUGAAACUGCAAACGAGCAGGAUUUACAAAAUGCAAAUGAAAGUCAAGGCUUGAAAUCGAACAUUUUAACUCCUAGUUUCGAGAUUCUCCCCGAGUACACUACACUCGCCUCUUUGUACACCAAUUUCGGCAAAUACGGUCACAAGUGGAAACUACUCGGUAAUGAUCGCAUGAAGCAGAUGUCGUUAUACCGUCGAAAACCAGCCGUGGCCUUGAAUGAAAUGACUGGCAGCAGUGAAAGAUCCGUGAAAGUUUUGAUUGUGGGAGUACACGGUUUUUUCCCUACAAAAAUGAUCAGACCUAUUAUCGGAGAACCUACGGGUACCUCUACGAAGUUUAUCACCGAAGCUGAAAAGUCUGUAAUUCGGUGGUUUAGAGAACAAAAGACUCCUGUGGAAAUAAGCAAGAUUGCGCUUGAAAAAGAGGGCGAGGUUUUCGAUCGGAUUAACUUCUUCUUUGAAGUGAUGAAGAAAUGGGCUGCUGAAAUAAAAAAGGCGGAUUUCAUAUAUUUCGUGGCACAUUCACAAGGCUGUCCAGUAACGAUAAUUUUGCUGGCUAAGUUAAUUGAAGCAGGAAUUAUCGACUUGGAUCAAAUGAAUUUUGACACAGAGACGCCAAUCUCAGAAAUAAAGGAUAAAACUCGUAAAAUUGUUGGUGUACUUGCUAUGGCAGGUGUCAAUAAUGGUCCUUUUUAUGGUGCUGACCAGACAUUGUUUGUGAGGGCCUAUUCCGCCAUUGAAAGCGAUUCUUUGAAAGAGUUAUUUCAAUUUCAGAACUUUAACUCUGUGCAAGCCAGGAAACUUGUACAAAGCAUAAGAAUAAUCAUCGCAAGCAAUGUUAAAAUAUGUUUUGUGGGAUCAAUUAACGAUCAAUUAGUACCUUUAUACUCGUCCAACGGGUUAUUUGUUGAUCAUCCCAAUAUUUUCAGAGCGACUUUCAUUGAUAAAGACUCAAGAACUCCUGAUUUCAUCACCCGAAUUGUGAGCAUAGCUAAUCAUUUGAACAAUCUUGGAUAUGACGAUCACAACAUUAUAAAAGAGAUCAGUGGGUCUUUGGCAGGCACCCUCACAGGUGGGGGACACUCGAAGAUCUACAACGAGGGUCAAGUAUAUGAUCUCGGAAUAAAAUUUGCAUUAGAGACGACUGACGUUGCUCUCGAAACUCCUGUUAAUUUCAGGCCAUAUCAAGUUGAUAUGUUGGGGUCCAAUCCUUACCAUUUACCCUGGUGUAUGAGAGGACUUCUAUUUGAAGCAAGAAUGCAUCUUGGCCAGGAUCAAAUUCAUCAGUUAUUCGAAGAGUUUGAAGAUUGGAAUCCUGAGACCAAGCAAUUAAAAGAUGUUAAAUAUAGACUAAAUGGCCUGAAGUCCAAACUUUAG